AUGAAUGUCUUACACAACUCGGCAUCCUAACAGUUUCUGCAGACAACGCACUGAAAGUGUGUUGCAUGGUUGUGUUAGCGGUAUAUAAACCAACAAACAUUACAAACUGUGAGCUUACCAAGACUCGUUGAAACUUUUUCUUUUGAAACAUGUCAGCUGUUGAGAUUCUGCAGAAUACAGGACGUAGCGAGUCUCCUGCUAAACCUAAAGAUUCUGCAAAUGUACCAUUGGAGGAGGCUAAUGAAGGUCGAGACGCUGCCAUGGAGACUGAGGACCCCCUGCCUAAUGUACAGGAGGAGGUCACAAAGAUUCCUAUAAAGACGGAACCAAAGACUGAUAUGUCUGAAAGUGGAGAAGAAUCCAAUGUGAAAACUGAAGAACUGUCAAUCAAACCGGAAGAUGUGACGGAGGCACUGUCGAUCAAGCCGGAAGAUGUGACCGAGGCACUGUCGAUCAAGCCGGGAGAUGUGACCGAGACACUGUCGAUCAAGCCGGAGGUUUUGGAAGGUGUUGUGACGGAGGUGAUGGUCAAGGAGGAGCAAGAGCUCCAGGAACAGGCGAUGGAGAAAGAGAAGAAACUGGCAGAAGAUCAGGAAAAGCUGUGGAAACAAAUGACAGAUGAAGAUCGUAACCAGCGCUACCAACGUCUAAAGUUCUUGUUGAGCAAGAGCAACAUGUACACACAGUACCUGAUUGAUCGUAUGGAUAGACAGACGGAGGAAGAGAAGAAGAAAAGGGAAAGACAGCAGAAGAGGCUGAAGAAAAAGGAAGACAAGCUCAAAGAACAACAGGCAAAGGAACAGGAAGUGGUUGAAUCAAGCAGUCAGUCUAGUGAUGUUUCAGAGACAUCUACCAGGAAGUCAAGAAAAAGGAAAUCAGACCUGAUGUCUCCAGAAGCUGUCAACACACCAAAAACUCCUGGGAAACGAUCCAAGAAAAGUGCGAAGACAAAGCAGACGGAGCAGACAACUGCAGCACCAAGUGAAGACAAGGAAAACGAAGCCACAAGUGAUAACACUCAAGGAGAAGCCUCUGGCAACACAGGACAGAAGACAACAGACACAAGUGAUCGGACCACGAUGGCAACCACAGACGAUACCACAGAGAAGGCAGAACCCGGAAGUGCAACCACUGAGGAACUUGGAGAAGAGGAGGCGACUUCGCACUUCCCCAGGGCAGCGCUCCUUCCUCCAAAGGGAAAUCUACGAGCAUGUUUUAAUGACCUAUUGUCCUUGCAGGUUUUAUUUGAGAAUGGUGUAAACGGUAUCCUGGCUGACGAAAUGGGACUAGGCAAGACAGUGCAGUGCAUUGCUCUCUUAGCUCACCUGGUCGCCAUGGGGGUGUCAGGCCCCUUCCUCGUCGUGGGCCCUCUAUCAACUGUACCCAAUUGGUAUAACGAAUUCAAGAGAUUCACACCAAAGGUUCCGGUCAUAUUGUAUCAUGGCUCCAAAGACGAAAGGCGGAAUCUGCGGAAUAAGAUGCGAGUGAAGCAUCAGAUCAAGAAGAAUGUGGAGGUCCAACCAGUCAUCAUCACGUCAUACGAGAUUGCCAUGAAUGAUCGGACAUACAUGCAGCACUUUGAUUGGAAGUACCUCAUUGUAGAUGAAGGUCAUCGCUUAAAGAACUCACAUUGUCGACUUAUUAGGGAACUGCGUUUAUACAAAACUACACAUCGACUGUUGCUGACAGGUACACCAUUGCAAAACAACCUGGCAGAACUCUGGUCACUGCUCAACUUCCUGUUGCCGGAAAUAUUCGAUGAUUUAGGAAGUUUCGAGGCCUGGUUUGAUGUCACGGGUAUUGAGGGAGAUGCUGCCGAUGAGAGAAUCGUGGCAGAGGAACAGAGAGGAAACAUCAUUUCCAUGCUGCAUCAGAUUUUGACGCCUUUCAUGUUGCGUCGUCUCAAGUCCGACGUUGAGCUGCUUAUCCCCCCGAAGAGGGAGGUGAUGGUGAUGGCGCCACUCACCAGCAUGCAGAAGGAUUACUACUCCAGCAUUGUGGACAAAACCAUCAUGGACAAGAUACAGAAGAAAUAUGAAGAUGAAGCUCCAGUGGAGUCGGAUGCAAAAGGUCGGCCAAAGAGGCGGUCAACGAAGAAUAAGAUCAAUUAUAGGCUGAUGGUGGAGGACCCUAAAGACGAGGCUCCCAAGAAGAACAAGAAGGCUGCGUAUGAGGAGGAUCUGGAGGCGUGGGUCCAAACCAUGAUCGAGGCUGAGGAGGAGAGAAGUGCUGUAAACAAGAAGGAAGUUAAGGAUAAGAAGGCGCAGAUCACCAUCAAGAUGCAGAACUCAAUGAUGCAGCUUCGCAAGUGCUGCAGCCACCCGUAUCUCCUGGAACACCCCAUAGAUGCAGACUCCGGGCACUUGAUAGCUGACGAAACCUUGGUGAAAAACUCUGGCAAGAUGCUCAUGCUGGAUAGGCUCCUGCCUGAGUUGAAGAAGAGGGGACACAAGGUGUUGAUAUUCAGUCAGAUGACAAAGAUGUUGAACAUACUGGAGAGCUACUGUGAGAUACGGAACUAUAAGUACUGUCGACUUGAUGGGUCGCGGUCGGUAGAGAACCGAGGAGAACAGAUCGAGAGCUUCAAUGAGGAUGCCAAUAUGUUCCUGUUCCUGGUGAGCACGCGAGCCGGCGGCCUUGGUAUCAACCUGACAGCAGCCGACACGGUCAUCAUCUACGACAGUGACUGGAACCCCCAGUGUGACCUGCAAGCCCAGGACAGGUGCCAUCGCAUCGGUCAGACCAAGCCGGUGUUAGUGUACAGGUUCGUGACGGCCAACACCAUCGACCAGAGGAUUGUAGAGCGAGCGGCAGCCAAGAGGAAGCUGGAGAAACUCAUCAUACACAAGGGGAAGUUCAAGACAGGUAUGAAUGAGUUCAGCACAAGCUUGAAGCCAAUCAGUGCCCCUGAGCUGCUGGAGCUGUUGAGGUCACGAGAUCAUGAAGCGGUGAUACAGGGCAGUGAGAAGAACGUCAUAUCUAAUAAAGAUCUGGACAAUCUGCUGGACAGAUCAGAUCUCUACCAGAAGCUGGAGAAAAUGAAGGGCAAUAAAACAACUGAUACAAAGAGAAGGAAAUCCAAGGCUAAAGAUCCUGUGAUAGAAAGCAAGACGUUCAAAGUGUUGGAGACACAUGAAGGUGGCUUCACAAACCAGGCAGAAGAGGAGACGUCAUCACAACUGACUGAAUCAGAGAUUGUACAGACAUGAUCUUGAUUGCGUGUGCAUGUGUGUAUGUGUGACUGACAAGAUGGGAAGUCAAGGCAAGCCAGGGAUAGUCAAGUGGCCGCGUUACAGAAGUAGAUUUUGAGUGGAAAAUAGGGUUUACAGGUUGUCACCAGGACUAGCAGACAAGUGGUUGUGUCGGAACCUGCUUUCAUCGUUACAUCUUCAACAGUGUAAUGACAAACUGGAAAUAAUAUCAACACUGCAUGGUUCCUGUUAGUGACGAAUAAUGUCCUUGUGACUGCAGUGUGGACGUCUGAGUCAAUGAAGUAACAUUAUAUGAUAUAGCAGUUUCUGUAAGGACGUCGACACCAACAGUAACUUAACUGCCAGGCAAAAGAAAGUAUUCAUCCUUUUUGAUGGUGUCAAAACAUGAAAUAAAGGAGAUGAGGUAAUUACUAUUUACACAGGCAUCCUAGUUUUGGAAAUGAUAUUUAUAGUGUUCAGCAAUCGUUUUCAUCUUAGUAUCCCAGCAAUUUCUUUUUUUGAAAUUUCCAUUCAUUUUUCAAGUGUAUGUUUUCUUUUGCCAAGCUGUUCAGAUGAUCAAUACUGGACGUUACACCCCAUCCCUGUAAUCAAAUGUUCAUUUGGUGCGAAUUAAGUCAUUUUUGUUUAAAGUGCAGUUGUGUUGUGAGUGAAUGUACUGCAUGCAUGGUGAGUUUUGAUGGUGUGUGCCCCCAGGGACAGUUCCAUGAGCAGGUAACACCAGAAAUAUGUCAACAAGUCUUGACUGAAACACACACGUUAAUCCCAGAUGUUUGUGGACUUCUGUUUGUACUCGGUUCUAUUAAUUGUGUUCAAAAUGUUAAUAUUGUUUCAGUUAAGUUCAGCAAAAUCAUGUGAACUGACUGUGAAAAUUGUCUGUGCUGUUAAUUAUGGAUACCACAGUCGUAUAAGUGCUGUUGAUGCCUUAAAACAUAUUUGGCAUCAGAAAAUGGUUAAACUUAUAAAUACUCUACUUUGAUUCCUUGAUUCACAUUUUGUUGUCAUUUGACCUAUAGUCAGCGUUUAAAAUUCCCACCUGCCCGACCGUCCGGAACGGUCUAUUUUCAUCUCGGACGGUCAAAUCUCAAAAGUAGUCCGGUGGUCUGGUAGAUAUUUUUACCCCAAGGAGUAAAUAUUUCAUAUCAGACAGGUUCUCGUGUCUUCAGUUUGAGGUGUUUAAGGUAUUAUGAAAAUUAUGUUAAACUACAAACGAUUGUACAGUUCAUGUUAAGAUAUCCAAUCACAACUCAUGUACUUUCAGUUUAUCUAAACUCAGUGCAUUGCCUGUUAGUGCUAUGUAGUUCAUUGUGAUAUCUACAAACAGUGAAUGGAGCUUGCACGAGUUGGAAAUGGCAGUCACAGGUUUUUAUUGUUGAAACCAGACAGGCAGGUUUGUAUCCGGACUGGUAAUUUUUUAAAGUUACCAGUCCGGCUGCCUGGCUUGGAAUUUUGGGAGUUUUAAACACUGCUAUAGUAGAUUCUUUUUCAUGAUCAAGAUAGUUAGACCAAGAAAGGUUAGUGCUCUAUAGUCAGAAACUAUGGAAAAUGUCUAAAUGAAAAUGUUUUCUUUCUUUUUAUAUAAAAAUGCUUGAAAAUGUUGUUUUCCUUAUUCUUUCUUGGCGAGUCUAGAAAAUGUUUCAGCCAAAUAUAUUUUCUUAAAAGCAAGUCUUUCAACUUAAUUUUCUGCUAUUAGGUGCAGAGGUACACCUUAGGCAAGCCUAAAACUUAUUCAAUAUGUUGUAGCACCUAGUUGUUCAAAGGGUUGCAAUUUGCUGUGUAUUACUUGUGCACACCAGAAACCUUCAAUCUUGGGUUCGAAUCCUUGUACACCUAGAAUGUUUCUAGGCUGUCAGCAUGUCAGUUUGUGUAAACUUUCAGGAUUUGCACCCCUUUGGGGUUUUUUUUGGCAGAAGUGCGAGCUAUAGAUUGUGAAUAGUGUAAAUUAAAAGUAAUAUGUAUUUGUUAAGCUGUUAACGGUGUUAUCACCGAGUGUAGUUGUUAAACUCUAUCAUAUGUUAACCAACAGUUGGGGAUGUUGUUGAGAAGAUGACUUUGCUGAUAGUUGUCCAUGCCAGUGUCAACAUACAUUGAGAAGUUAUGGCACAAGUAUUUGAAGUUUGUAUAACAAAGGCAAAAUAAACAACCCAAAACAAAA